UACCAUUAGUCGGAAAAGAGUUUGUUUACAUGUUAUGAAUUCUUCAAGGAAGAUUGGCGUUAUUGUUAUACCUAAAUUCCCAUACCCGUCGUUAGAGUUAUAGUUUUAUACUUGUUAUUACUAUACUUUGUUGGCAAUACUUAAAAAGUUACAUGAUUUUGGGAAAAUGUAUGAUGUAUCAUUUCAGUAGUAAGUUAUGCCUGUCGUCAAGUGGGAAAAAUAUAACUGUGAUACAAUAAAAGUAUCCUGCUUUUAUACAGCACUUGUAAUUGAAGUAGUUGAAUAAAACAAAAGUUGCUUAUCAUUCUGGGAAAAGGAAUAAAAUGGAAUUUGAUACACCUCCUGAUGCUCCUGUUAACUUGGUGCCUUGCCCAGAAUGUGGAAGAACAUUCCAUUCUAAUGCCUUGGAACGCCAUCAGAAAAUAUGUCAGAAAUUAAAGACCAAAAAGAGAAAAGUUUUCGAUUCAUCUAAAAUGAGAAUCAAAGGUACUGAAAUCACUGCAGCCCCAGUGAAAAAACAAAUAAAGGAAAUAAAGAAAAAGACAAAGUCCAACUGGCGAGAAAAGCAUGAAGAACUGAUCCAAGCCAUAAGAGCUGCUAGAAAACCUGACAAUGGAGAAGAAAAUGAGUCCCCAAAUUCUUCAAAACCAAAUAAAGUUCCAGCAGGUUAUGUAGAAUGUCCUUCUUGUGGACGUUACUUUAAUGAACGUGCAGCUGAUAGACAUAUCCCAUGGUGUCAAGAGCAAAAGGCUAGAAUACCAAAAAGUCCAGCAAGCGUUGAUGCUAAAGAAAGACUAAAAGCAAGGACAAAGUAUAAAGCCCCAUCACCUGGGCAGAAAUCAGGUGGUCCUCCUGCAUCAAGGAAACCACCAGUAGAAGAAACCAUUAAAGAAGCUCCUCUGACUUCACCACCUGCUGUCAUGGGUAAAAAAAUGAAUGUUAAACAUAAAGAGAAGCACCAAUCUGAAAAAAAACCAGAGAAAGACCCAAGAAAAGGAACAAAUAUAAAGGAUGACAAGCCUCCACAAGUUAUGAAGUUCAAGGAAAAGUUUCCAAAUCGAGCAACCAUAAAGUAUACUCAGAUUGCAGAGAGAGAAGAUGGGUAUGACCCUUAUCAACAGGCAGCAUUACAGUUGCAAGAUUUGCAUAAAACUAACCCUGUAGCAAACAGAGGGCCUCGCACAGUUCCUGGAAAACGUACUGGAGGGUUGGACACAAGUGGUUACUGGGCUACCAACAGACUUGUAAAUAACUCAGAAGCAGACCUUGCACUUAUCCAGAUGAGACUGGCCAAUUUGGGAAAUUCUAUCAGACUACCAAAUGGAUUUCCUACAGAUUUUAAUACAAGUUGGACUAAACAAGUGCCCCAUGGUGGUGAGGUUACAGGCCUUCCAAUGGUUUCCAGCAGUGAAGUGACAUCGCCAAGCUCUGUAUGGCCAGCCAGUGAUGGUGAAACCAGGGUUAGCACUAGCAGUGGUAGUGAUAGUUCAUUAACAGGCUUCACUCGCACACAGAACUCUGAACUGUCUGUUACGACUCGUUUCUGUCAUCAGUGUGGAACUAGGUAUCCAAUUUCAAGUGCAAAAUAUUGCUGUGAGUGUGGUGCCAGGCGCCUGGGGCUUGGGGUACCCUUUCUAAGCAGUGCCUAAGGCUUUCUGUUUUUAAAGAUAUAUAUGCAUGUUUGGAACCCCUUCUCAAAGGUUGCAUUUUAGUACACAUGCUAGCUGAAGUAAUAUUGUUAUAUAGUAAACUGCACUUCACCCCAUCUGGAUGGAUGGUGGUAUUGCUUCACAAAUAACUAUAUUUUGUACAUACCUUGCCAUUUAGAGUAUAGUUACUUUUAUUCUCUAGAAUGCAUCCAAAGUUACAUAAACAUAUGGUAGUAACCACUGUAAUACUGUAUAUUAAAAUUGUAAUAAUGUUAUAUGUGUUCCAGUAAAAAGUAUAUUUUAUGUUCUUAAAGUAAAUUGAAAUGUCAUUAAAAGCUAUGAACAUUUUUAUUUGAAAACAGAAUACAAUUCUGAAAAUGGAAGAUAUCAUUGUAUGUAGUAAAUUUGUUUUUAGUGUUCUGUUCAGUUGAUGCUGCAUUUUAAAUUUCACCUUCUUUCAACAUACAAAUUAACAUUCAGAUUAAGAAAUUAACUUUUCCUUAAUCCAGAAAGACACACAUUUUACUACACACUUCUAAGUAUUUAAGGUACUAGUAUAAGUAUCUCCUGAUUUUCAACUAUGGAAAAAGUAGUAUUUUAUGUUGGCAGUCAGAUGAAGUAGGAUUUAACAGACUUUUUUAUCCAUUUUUAGGGAAUGAACUCAUGCAAGUGAAAUAUUAUAUUAUUUUAAAAAGUUUCUCCAGAUUAGAAAUUAUACAAUACAUUGAAAUGCAUGUGUUGGUUAUGCAUUACUUCAAACAUUAAGUUUUAAAGUAUAAAGAAUAUGGACUUCAUGCACAACUUAUAGACUUUACCAUUAUCAUCAUUUUCAUCUCUUUUUCAUUAUUUUAAACCAUAAUGAGUUGCAUUUUAAUAGUAAGUGCUGUUUCUUGUGUUCAUUUAGUUUUUGAUUUUGUUAAUUUCUUAAACAUCACUGUACUAGAAAUGUAAUUAUGCCUCAAGUUUUAGCUUGAAGUUGAUUUUUUUAAUCUAGGUAUUUUGCUUUUAUGAUAGUUUCUUCUUUGCAAAAAACUAAAUAAUUGACACUUUAUGCUAUGAAUUAUUUAGAACAUUAAGAUAGUUUAGUGUAUAAUUCUUGCCUGAGAACAUAGUAUUUUGUGUGCAGCAUUUCACAAUCACAAUAUAAAAUGCACAGAGCCUCAUGUGGAAUGAUUAGGAAUGUAUAUUGUAAUAUCUUUUGUGGAUCCGUCCAAUUUAUUGUCAGCUAGUUUUAGUGGCCUUGUGUAAAUACAAGUAUUUGUUAACAUUUAUAGAUAUAUAUAUAUAUAUAUAUAUAUUAAAAUGAAAAAAUAAAUACAUAGAUAAAUAUGGCAUCUUUGGAGAUGUGUAAUUCUUGUAAGAGCAACAGCUUCUCCUAAAAAAGUAUUUUAAUGUUAUUGAACUUUUUAGCCACAUCUAGAAGCACAAAACACUAUUUUUAAACCCCAAAACUAGUUUUUGUAAUUGCUAUUUCAUGAUAAUAUAAGGGUACAUUUAUAAACAUGAUAGUUUGGUAAUAUUGUUUACCAGGAAUUGAUUGUUGAUGGAGUGCACAAAAUGGAAUCCUACAAAUGUUUAAAAGUACACAUAGGUGUUAUUAAAAUAUAUAUAUAUUU